AUGUAUAGAAGCAAAUUCUCCACUGAUGCUAUUUCAGCUGAGGCUUCCGGGACUGUGCGCCAGCUGAGGCUUCCGACGGUGGGCGAGUCGGGAAACCCCUGGCAUCAAUUAGAGGACCUGUCUGGCUCCUCGUCCGGGAGAGACCAACCAUACCAGCAAGGCCAUCGCACCGUUGUUCUUUUCCGCAAGCCGACGCACAACGUGACUAAGCGAGUCUCUGCCUACCCUACACACCCGCUGGCCACAACAUCCACCAAGUCCCACGUUGCUGUGACCAAAAAGGGACAACAGGCCAGCAACACCAUCCCGCGCCAUCUUAUACGCCGCGCCCGGUGA